AUGGCCGAGUCCGGCGGAGUUGAAAAAAAACGGGGAAAACAACCACUCAAUUCGCGGCUAUCAAUCGAUCGCAGCGCAAUUUUUAAGCUAAUCGAAGAGUUGUGUGCUGACAAUGCGGCACAUUUUGCGAAAGCGUUGGAAUCGACUUCCGGAUUAUACAGUGAGCGAAUGCCGGCGGUCUAUCGUAAUCUGCAGGAAUCGAUUGCACAAUUGAAAGAAAACAUCAAGGCUCUGCAAACGCUUGCUCCAAAAUAUGAUUAUGAUGAAAAAACGCCGGGAAACGGAUACAGAUCGCUAGUUUGCAUUUGCGACACAACCCUUCUUCACAUCGUUUCCCUGCAAAAAUCAGUCAUUGAGCAACGCGGGUCGUUCGUGUUCCGUUUAUCGCACUUUUGCAAAGAGCUCGAAUCAUAUGCGGCCGUUGUCGAUUAUUUGAAUCAUGCGAUCCCAAUUUGUGUCGAGAGUGAAAAAAUCACCAAUGGGUCCUUAUUUCCGCCGCUCGACGGCGACUACGACAAUUAUCAAAAAGUGCUACACGAGCUCGAAAAAAUGGACUCUUCCGUGUUUUUUGGAAGACCUCUGGGAUUUCAGUUUUCGCCUUCGAUUAACAAAAUUUUCCGCGUUAUCGGCAUCGUGCUCGCUACAUACAGUCUGUCAUGGGAGAAGGGUCACGGUCCAAUUGGAUCGCUUAUCAAUACUGGCCGCUUCUUUCUGAGUCCCGAGCAGCGAGCAUCGAGAAUCAUCAAAGUUACUAAGGAAGCAGAUAUUGAUUUUUGCAAAGGAUUCUGGAAUCUCUCAGAGCUCAGUAACAAUAUGCCGAAAUUCUUUUGUCCAAACAUGGCUUUGAACGAAUUACGAGAGAUCCCACUUAACGGGCCAAUUCACAUGGAAGGGUGCAAUGGAAACACGGUGUUGGUCAUGGAACCAUCGGCGCAUACUGGUCCAAGACCAGUGCAAUAUCGGGUUCUCUCGGCGGUACAUAGGCAAAACAUGUCUUCCUCUCCGCUCUCCACUACACACCCUCCCUCAAAAUAUUUAAUUUUUCAUUGUCAUGGAGGUGGCUAUGUGGCAACUUCGAGCAAAUCUCACGAGACAUAUCUCCGCCAGUGGGCAAAGGCGUUGAAUUGUCCAGUGGUCUCUGUGGAAUAUUCAUUGGCACCGGAAAAUCCGUUUCCAAGACCUACGGAAGAAGUGCUUUUUGCUUACUCUUGGAUUAUAAACAAUCCGGCGGCAGUUGGUUGGACAGGCGAGAAAAUUGUAAUGAUUGGCGACUCCGCGGGCGGAAACCUAAUUAUGUCUGUAAAUAUCAGAUUGAUUCAAUUAAACAUCAAACGAAAGCCGGAUGGCCUGAUACUGUGCUACACACCAUUUUUGUUCCAGUAUCUGCUGUCUCCUUCGAGAAUGAUGAGUGCUAUGGACCCAUUACUUCACAUGGGUGUCGUUCUUCGUUGUGUUGUUGCAUACACUGGAGGAUAUAGCGCGCAACUCAACAAUAACAAGAUCAAGAGCUCUUCAUCCAACUUGCAAAUUCAGGAGGGUUCCUCGACACAUCGUUCACUUCAGGAAUAUGUCAAUGAAGUUCAAAAGACCAAAGUGGAUUUCUCGGGCGGAUCUCAGUCAAUUGUCUCUUUGGUUCAAAAAGGUCAUGAUAGUAUUUCAUACCCGCAUUCCAAAGGAAAAUCGUACUAUAAAAAAGAGAAUGGUGAAGGGAAGGAAGAUGACGAGGAGUCAAGUCCAGCGACAAAAACUGAAUUAUCCGAAGAAAGUGAUGAUGAUGCCUUCGAAACAACAAGCGUUGCCAGUUGUCAUGUAGACGCCGAUCCUUUUCAUAUCCAGCUGAACUCAACAAUUUAUGACGGUCAUUUGGUGGAGUUCCUUAGUCAUCAUCCGAUCACUAAGAACGCUCUCAAUAUUGGUGAUGACGACCUGGAUGACGACGACAUUGAAUUGAUGGAAAAAGAACAAGUUGAACAAGGAGUCGAAGCCACAGAAAUAAUGACGAUUGAUGAGGAGAAUGAAGAUGUCGACGAGGAGAAAAAAGAAGAAACUGCCUCUGCUCAUAAAACAUCCGUUAGCGACUCGAUAACGAAGCGCCCGCGAUUUUUGCAAUUAUUGAGCACGGUGACUUCUCGUGAAAAGGACACCCCUCAGACAGCGCCGUCGACACCGGCUCAUGUUCCAGCCAAACAACUCGUUAGUAGCAAUUCCAUGAAUGGCUUCCAUUCAUCAAACCCGAUCUAUAAGCGAUCUCUAUCGCAAAGUUUGGCCGACACUGCUGCUUCAACUGCGGCUUAUGCAUUUGACAAUCUUCAAGAAUGGCUUGAAAGACCGAAAGAGAGAACAAAACUUGAUCGAGCUGCAUCUAGAAAAGAUGACUCCGACAAUGAGUCUGUUGAAGAACCGAGACCAUCUCAUUUGCUGGAACUGAUCAAUAGCUCAACUGUUCCGCGAGAUCCUCUCAUUUCACCAAUGUAUGCUGAUGAUGAGACUCUUCAGCUGCUUCCACCAUGUUACUUUUUGGCGUGCCAUAUGGAUCCACUACUUGAUGACACCAUAGCGUUUGCCAAGAAAAUGCGAGAUGCUGGUGGAAAAGUGGCAUCGGUUGACAUUCUAUCCUCGGUUCCGCAUGGAUUCCUAAACUUUACUCUUAUUUCUCCAGAAUGCAAGCGAAGCGGAAAAGUUUGUAUAAAUCGCCUUAAAGAGGCAUUGGGCAUCCCAGUAGAUACUGAAUCGUUGUAA